UUUGUUGGUCGUAUAACCACAAAGGUAUUGAGAUCAAACCUCUUUGUCGUUUUGUUUUGUAUUUCGUAAAAGAACGGGAUGACACGGUGUGUUUUGAGAGCGUAGAAUACCUAGAUAAGGCGCCUGUUCCCUCGUCCCACAGCUCCGAAUCCCCCCCCUUCAAACGAGUCAAUAGCAACUGCCAACAACUAUCAGAUAUACGGAAUACCAUACCAUAUUAAACCUCCAGACCAUACUUUACCUACCUCACUUACACUGGUUGACUAUCAGUUCCAUUGUAUAUCAACCGCCUCUCACAUCAAUUUACUUCCGGCCCCCUAAAUACUGGAUACUAUCAGGAUCGUUACUCGGUAUCCUCGAAACCGUUGCUGUACAGUUCCGCCGCGAUGGGCUCGGUCGACGCCGGGGCAAAGCUGCCAUGGAUAGAGACGCCACUUAUCGCUUCGGCCCAGCUCUCGCGGGCUGCUGAAUGUAACAUUUUUCUAAAACUCGAGAACCUCCAGCCCUCGGGCUCCUUCAAGUCCCGUGGUGUCGGCAACUUUACCCUCCGGGCCGCCGCCGCCGCCGCCGCUUCCCCGUCUCCAGAUGUUCACUUUUACUGCUCCUCCGGUGGCAACGCCGGUCUUGCCUGCGCCACCUCGGCCCUUGCCCUGAACCGUUCCGCCACCAUCGUAACCCCCACCACCACCUCGGCCCUCAUGAUUUCCAAGCUGAAGCUUCUUAAUGCCCACGUCGAGCAGUUUGGCAACAACUGGGCCGAAGCUGACAAGCACCUGCGCGAGAACCUCCUCGCCAAGGACCCGAACGGCGUCUACGUCCCCCCGUUCGACCACCCUCACGUCUGGGACGGCGCCGCCACCAUGAUCGACGAGCUCGUCUCCCAGUUCCCCCGCGAUCUCGACCUCCACGGGCUGGUCUGCUCCGUCGGCGGCGGCGGCCUCCUGAACGGUCUCUUCCAAGGGCUCGAGGCCUUCGAACGCGACCCUUCUGGCUCGCCUCCCUGGCCCCGCGGUAAGCCCCCCUCCGUCGUCGCCGUGGAGACCUGCGGUGCCCACAGCCUCCACGCUAGCAUCGAGGCCGGCGAGCACGUCACCUUGCCGGGGAUCACCUCCAUCGCCACCAGUCUCGGCGCUGUUCGCGUCUCCGACAAGACCUGGGAGUGGGCCGAACGCAAAGCCGUCCUCGGGCCGAAGAGGGAGGCCAAACGGGCUGCUGCUGCUGCUGCUGCUGCUGCUGCUGUCUCCUCUUGUGCCGGUGCUGCGGGACUCGAGAGCGUCACUGUCAGCGAUGCCGAGGCUGCUCUUGCGUGCGUGCGGUUUGCUGACGAUGCCCGCUUCCUCGUCGAGACGGCUUGCGGCGCCACUAUCGCCGUCUGCUAUAAUGGGGAGCUGAGACGGACACUAGGUAGGGGGCUCACCGAUGCGGAAUGGCGGGAGAAGAAUGUUGUGCUCGUUGUGUGUGGAGGGUCCGGUGUCAGCUUGGAGAUCCUUGAGGGGUAUCGCGAGAAGUAUGGCGACAUGGUCCAGGCAGGAAUUCCCGCACCCUCCUGAGCAUCCCAUGUACUACUCUUUUGUUUUGUUGGCGUUUUUUUGAUCAUGUCCACAUAAUCUGGGAAUUUUAAUAGCUGGGGUUUCUGGGAAUACUACAGAGAGAAAAAGAAAGAAGAGAAAAAAGGGGAAUAUUACGGAGGAUGAAUGAGCUCACAGAAUAAUUAGCAUAAGGUACCUACCACUUUUACCUGUCUUUACCUGCCUUUGAUUCUCAGAGGAAAACCGAUUCUAAAUUUCUUCCUGGC